CCCACGUAAGGAUGUUAUACAUGUCUUGGCUGUAUUCAAUAUACUUCAAUCGAUUUUAUUCCAAUCGAUUAUUUCUACCUUUCACUCCAAGAUAUCAUCAUCACAAAUUUGCAGAAGACCUCCUGUUUUUCCAGCGAGAUGAACGAAUCGGCCCGCGACACCUUCCCCGAGUUCUACCGCCCGUUGGGCCCCAAAUUCACCCGCGUUUUCGAGCUUGAGGCCGGCAACUUCGGCGACCCCAUCAUCGGGCGGCUGGUACCGCAAACCGUGGAUGCGGAACCCUAUGAGGCAAUCUCAUAUGUUUGGGGCACUUCCACAACGAAAUGUGAGAUCACAAUUGACGGCACCAGAUUUUUGGUGACGGAGAACCUACAUUCCGCAUUGACGGCUUUGCGACAUGCGCCGACGCACGAGGGAAACAACCAGUCGGAUGCAGGACCGAUCUUGGCACAGAAAAGACCGGUCCGGCGAUUGUGGGCCGAUGCUGUGUGUAUCAACCAGGGAGACAUGCCCGAGCGUGUCUCACAGGUCGAAAUGAUGUCGCUCAUCUACGCCGGCGCAACCCGCGUGCUGUCAUGGCUCGGCUGGGAGGAGGGUAGGGAGGGUCGUCGACUCACGCAAGAGGCCAUGCACUUCAUCGCCGCCUUCAUGGAAGAUCCAGAAGCGGGCCUGCGCGAUUCCCGGAUUUUACUUCUCCAUCAUGACGAUAUGGUGGGCCCUUCCGAGGAGCUGGAGUCGCUUUCUGUAGAUGAAAGGCGGCAGUACGAGGACCAAUCACGGAAAUGGGCAGCUGUCAAGUACUUUUUUGAGAUCGAGUACUUCCAUCGGGCGUGGGUGGUCCAGGAGCUCGGCCUCGCCCGGGAAGCCCUCUUGAUCACAGCGGUUAAACCCAAUGGCGAUGAGGUCAUGCCAGAGAAGGCAGAUUCUCCGAUGCAAGUCAUGACGAAGAAUAAAUCUGGUGCCCUGGAAGUUGAGUCCCUUGGUUGGCCCUUGGUAAGCCGCUUUGUUGAGCUGCUGGACUUCCAAGCUGCAUCUCUUGUAACGCAUCUCAAUCUCCUAUUGUGGGUCGCACAUCACAUCGUCAUGGUGUGGGAGACCAAAGAAGAUGGAAGUCCCAACUGCGACUUUCUGACCGGCAUGCAUUGGGCACGUAUCCUUCGGGUGACGGAUCCGCGCGACCGAGCAUUCAGUCUUCUCGGCCAUCCUCUGGCAGCCAUCGACGGAGAACUCGUAGUUCAUCCUGACUACACACGGACACGUGGCGUCAUAUACACUAGGCUGGCCAUCAAUAUGAUUCGGAAAACCAAGAACUUGUACAUCCUGAGCCUCGUAGAUCAUGAGGAGGACCCAUCCCUAGUUCAAUUGAAAUGGGAUUCGAAAUUCGAGGCAAGGAUGCCGACCUGGGUCCCCGAUUGGCACAGCAUCAAUCGAACCACGCCCUUCGAUUACUGCAUCCCGGCCGCGGCUUUAGAGGACGACGACAUCCGCUUCCAGGAUGGCAUCGAUUGCGAAAACGGAACAUCACUCCCGAUGCUGCUGGUACGAGGUUGGAUGAUCGACAAAGUUGCGGCUGUGUCACAUCGCAUGGAGACGACGGACUUUCCCGUCACACACGUGGCGCGAGAAUGCGCCAAGCAGAAUCCAUUCUGGCUCGAUCGUGUGUGGGAGCUUGUGCGCCCGGACGAGAAACAACUUGGGACGUCAGAGAGCUCGGGCGAUGAAGCAUUGGUUGUGCUUGAGUCGCUCUCUCUUUCCAUCUCCCUCGGAACGAAGGGCGAGGAUGGAUGGGUCUGCAAGGCCGGAUCGAGUCAGACUCUGGAUGAGCACCGUCGAUCAUUUGCCGCCUACGUACUCGAAUACCAUAAGCUGCUCCAGCGCGCGGCCUCUCAUCCUCAAUGCAUCAAGUCAUGCGGAAAGGAUCUUACUUUGCCGGCUCGUUCAAUUCUCGAUAGUCUACCACCGUCGGCACAAGCUGAGCUCCGGCGACGUGCGGAAGGCGCUGAUUCCAGUUGCUUUCUCGAGUGCAUGGUAUGGCCGUCCAUGUGUCGCGUAGUCUACCGCACCGAGACGGGUCUCGUCGGAAUGGGGUCACGCAUAACGCAGCCGGGAGAUCUGAUAUGCAGAAUCAGAGGGUCAAAUGACAUGAUGACGGUGCGCGAGGUCGGCGAGGCGAGCCCGAGCAUUGUGGCGGACUCGAGAGUUAAAAUUGCGGAGCCUUUGUCGAUCUGCUGCGCUUAUAUCGGACCAACAGUGCUGCCUGCACGUAUCAAACGCGGUGUCGUUGAUGGUUCGGAAUUUGGCGAGAGGAUGGCGGAGCUGCAGAUUGUUUGAGAGCCUAACUGCUUACGAAAGUGCUCCGAUAAUGAAUGUAUUUGUAUCUUGUUGAUCGGGUUGUGCCAACUCGUCAGAUAACUGUGGACGUUGAAUACACCAGCCUGCAGAUGGAUGUCUGGUGCGUCCUCAUCGAGAGAGUUCUGGAGAUUGGACGGCCUAUACCUGUCACACUGCGUGCAUCCCGUCGUUCCGAGGCAACAUUCAUACCGUCAAUUGACGUACUGAUAAUUCCAAAUUUGCCAUGACGAUGAAUAUGGUCGAACACAAAG